UCUUGCUCGGCUAUGGCAUGAAGAAAUGAAGUGUCUUUUUCUUAGAUGUAGAAACCCACCAGAUGGAGCCAUUGAAAGCCUUAUUACCGAAAUAUUUAACUAUGAACUUUAUAGUAAUGAAGCUAUAGAAAUCAUUUGUCAUUCAAAGCGAGUGUUAGGAGAACAAAUAUUAACACCAUCGAGAUUGGAUAUCAACGAAUUCAUAACUCACGAAGUUGGUGAACGCUUAUUAAAAAGAUAUUUGAGUAGUACUAAUAAAGAUAAGCUCAGGAG